AUGGUCGACUACGCUGCCUACCCCCCGCACAUGCCCCAGGACUUUGACUUGUACUCGACCACCCAAGAGCAACAACUAGACUUUCACUCACACCAAGCCUACAUGCCACCCUCCUCGACAUACCCCAUGCACCACCACGCUUAUACUGCCUCUUACCACCACCACAUGGGUCCACUCGCAGAGAUACCGAGCCAGCAGGAGCUGCAUUACCAUUACGAUGCCAUUGCCCAAGGAGUCAAGUCCUUUCCUUACCAGACGCCUGCAGGAUCUCCCCACUCGACCUCACCUUCCUUCCACGAGCAGCUGCCCAUCCUCUCCGCCUCUUCCGAAUCCGGCGCUUCAGUCACUUCUUCCGCCAUGGGUUCCCCAUUGCAUACCACCCAACUCACCGAGCCCUGGAAUCCCGUUGGCCUUGGCCUUGGCUCUGGCUUCGAAUAUCCUGCCAUGGCCGCAUCGUCUGAGAAGAGCUUUGUGGACCCCAAUCUCAUUCAGCCUUAUGCCUUUGCACCCCAAAGUCCCUAUCCAGACAUCGGGACCACCCCCUCGCCCUAUUUCCCCCACACAGCCAGCACGCUGGCGUAG